AUGGACACUCCUUCUGUCGUGCUUUUUCUGGAACCCUACAAGGUGCACCUCAUGAUCGACGCGCAAUCCCGGUAUCAUUGUAUCUGUGGAAGGUCGCUAAAGGACAAGUAUGCUCUAAAGCGGUACUUCGAGGGCUCGAAGGACAAAGCAAGGCCGUUAUGUGCGAAUGCCAAGGAGCUUCUCGACAAGGAGCUCAAGGCAACUUAUGAGUUUUCAGGGUCUCAUUUCAUGGCCAAUAACACUGCCAUGUCUGACCCAAGUCCUCAAAACGAAGCCACAAACCAAGGUGGCAGUAUACCAAGCUAAUCUCCACCCCUCUCUCCUCAGUUCCUCACCAUAUCCUCUAUUUCAUCGUCGGUGGAUGUGCCACGCAUCGUCCCUUCAAAUCAAACCAUUGAAAUCGCAUCCUCUGAGACUUCUUGUACACCAAGCAGGAGAACUCCAGUUUCAGAUCAAGAGCCUCGAGAGAGCAGUUCGGCAGAG